AUGUUUACAAAAAAUAGAUUCUACAUCUACGGACUAAAAGGAGAAACACCCCCUGCCGAAGUUGAAGUGCCUAGAAAUGCCCCAGCAAAGUCUUCCCGGGACAGGAACCUAUUUCACUGCGAAGUAUGUGGAAUCCACAUGGAUGAGAAUAACCGCCUCUCACAUCUGAAAGGGAAGAAACACAAUCUGCGAAAAGUAUUCACGAGCUUCGACUUCAAAACUCUUGUCAAACGCGAUGACGGCAGUCCUACUGUUGCUCUUCUUCUCGAACACGUCUUCAACGCUGGAGUUCAGAGUGAAUUGCCUCUUUACGGGGUGGAGUUUUUCGUCGAGUGCCACGACCCAGAAGUUCCAAACAAAAUGGUGAUUUUCCACAAGGCGAGCGGCUCCCAGUUCAGCCUCCCUUUGUUUGAACAGUCAGAAGAGGGAGAGGUUUCCUCAAAGGCAGAACACGCGCUUUCGAAAAAGUACGAAAAAUUUCUUGAAGAUCUUUGGGCGUCUCCUCUAAUUUCCAACAGCUUGAGGCAGAAAGACUUCCAAACCUUUAAAAAUGCCUCUGGAUGGCCAUGGAUCGAGACCGCUGAAGAUGGCCCUCAUGAUACGUGGCCUGCGUGGCGUCGACUGCAGAUUCAAGAUGGAAACAAAAAAGUCAAAGAAGCAGCCUUUAAAAUUGCCAAGAAAACGGACCUGGCGGAGUUUCGCGGUGCCCUCAAUGGCAUCCAAAUUGUUGGAGCCGAAGAGUUAGAAAUUCUAAAACUGGAGACCGAAAAGAAACUUGCCGACUUCAUGCAAGAAACUAUUGACGAACAGAAAAAGCCAGAAGUAGCGAAGCUUUGCCGCACGAUACAGGCAAAGUACAGAGAAGAAGCUGACGCACUGGCAACGAAGGUUAAACUUAAAGCAAUGAAGGGUAUUGAACAGAUUCCAGGCGUGUCAGCCCAAAUUCUCCAGAAACAGAGAGAACGAGAAAAGCGAGAGGCAGAGAUGAGGAGAAAAAAUGGAGGCCACAAUAAUCAGAUGGCGAAGAAUAUAAGGACUCUCGCUCCCGGAAUGUCUGGUGCGAUAAGACCUCCAGCUCCUCUAAGCAGAUGGCCUACUCAGCCCAACAACUUCGGAAAUAACAACUUCCAGCAGCAGCAAAACAACGCUGGCAAUUUCAACAAUAAUGCUGGCAAUAAUUUUCAGAUGCGCAACGGUCAACAAAAUGCUCGUUUCGCGGGACCAAGUAGUCAGAUGCAAUCGGCGGAACCGAUGGCAGAGCUUCCUCCUCCACCAGGACUAAAUAUUGAUUUGGAAGAAGCAGCAAAGAAUUUGACGAAAAUGGGGGAGAAGCUUUCUGGGGGACAAGAAAAGACAGAGAGCAAGGCAUUAGAAACGAAAGAAAUGAAGUUACUUCGUGGCCUUCUGGAUGUCGAGAGAGAACUAGAAGAGAAAAUCAAAGAACUGAAAGAAUUGGCUGACAGAGAAAAAACUUUGAAAGAGAAAGAUCACAAACCGAUAGGAAAACUUUUGACAGUAUUAGAAUCAGCAAAAACUGCCAUUGCCUCUGAUUAUUACCUCCUUUUCACGAAAGCGCACUUGAAGUAUCGACCGAGAACAAUAAAAAUUGAAGCCAACGCGUCCGAGUCAUUCGGUUUUCGAGUACAGCAAACACGGGUCGGCGGAAAGCGAAUCUUUUACUUCUCUAGUGUGACAGAUAGAUCCCCCUCAGCGAAAGCGGGCCUCUGUCAAGGUGACAGACUCGUCGAGUUGAACGACAAAGUAAUUGACGAAUACGACUAUGACGAACUUAUUGAGAAAAUUCAAACUGCCAGUAAGCCAAAUAAAGAAGGAAAGAAAUCUUUGGUGUUUUUAUUAUCCGAUCCAGAGACAGACGAAUAUAUCCAGACUGAGCUCGCGCUACCUGUCAUACGCUUUCAAGUCAAACCUCAUGUGAACCCGGAGUCUAUAGCAAACGAGUGGCUGAAAUUCAGAAAGAAACAAAAAGCAGCGAAGAAGGGAUUUUUCACAGACAGCAGUUGCUUCGAAACAAAGCUAGAAGAGAUCAAGCCUCCUGUGUCGGAAUCGCCUGCUCUUCCUCUUCAAAACCCGGCACAGGAAAUUUCCGACAAAAUCUCCCCAACACCGACCAGAGAUAAUGAAGUUGACGACCUAUCUGCUUUGAAUUACGAUAGAGGAGGCGAAAGAAGACCCCUUUCUAGGCUUAUUACCGAUGGAAGAAGUGGGGUUCCUCCUCGGCGUGAAGGGUGGCUGGACGAAUCGCCCGUUCAUGGCCCGUCGCCAGCGCAUAGAUGGAACGAUCCGAGCUAUCGCCCUAACAGUUUUCCAAGCAGUGACCAAAACGCAUUUAAUAAUGGAUCUCGACAUAAUUAUGAGCCUGGAUGGCAUGACCCACAGCGGCAUCGGCAUAGAAGCUCAGAAUGGAAUCAAGUGGAUAACCAAAGUCGUUUUCCCGCCAAUGACGGGAGAUGGAACGGACCGCCUCAUUCAGCAAGACCUCCCCCGUAUCAAGUACCUAGCGGGCGCGAUUCUCGUGAUUUUGACAGCAGACAAUCUCACAAUCCAGACUACGACAGACGAAAUCACGAAUACGAUCAAGCUCAUCAUUCAGAAUCGAGACCGGAAAGUUGGUAUCAGAAUGAUGAAGAUCGACGAAGACCGCCAAAUUCAAACUCGAGAUUCCGACCUUACUAA